AGACAGCGCAAGGCGCAAGGACCGAGAAGGUUUUAAAAAUUGAAACAGCACACGUGCGCUUUUCCAGAAAAUUACUGUUUAAAUCUUGAGAAAUGGGUCUUUCGACAAAGAGGAAAGCUGAAGAGUUGGACGAAAGUGCAGAAGAAGGGUCACGCGAAAUCGCUGAAGAAGAGGCGGAUGAAAAUGCACAAGAUGAAAAGGAGGAAAGUGAAGAUGGGGAACUUCUGUCUGAUGAGGACAACCCCACUUUGGUUAAAAAGGUGAUGCUUGUACAAGAACUCAGAGCGCAAUUGAAUGAACCGACAUCCCUUUCAGCUGUCAGAAGAUAUUUUAUGCAGGACAACAAUUACAACCAUGUUGCCGAAUAUCUUAAAGAAGGAGGGUCGGUCGGUGAAUUGAUGGAGGAAUUGGUUAAGUUCAACACAAACAGGAAAUCAUCGACUAUAAUAAUUUUCUCAGCGAUUCACCAUGUUAUUAUUAAGUGUUUAACUGAAUUUCCAAAUCUACAGGCUGCAUUAGCUGAUGAUUGCAAACGUUUGAUCUCUGAAUAUAUGAGAGAAAUUAUGAUUAUGAUGACACCCCAAACGCUGAUGAAGUACCAGAAGACGACAAUGAACCUCCUCACAGCCCUAGCAAGCGUCAAUAAUCAAAUAGCAAGCCAACUGAUAUCUGCACUCGAUCUGACAAAAGAGAUUCUCAACCACAUCACUGAGCAUUACAACCCUUCGGAUAAGAAUAGCCUUCGUGUCUAUUAUAUGCAGUUUUUAAUGGCACUUAUGAUCGAUCACGAUAGUGGUGUUUUAACAAAGUUGUGUUCAAAAAAAGGCUGGAUAACCUCUAUUUUCCCAAAUAUGAAGUAUGACUUAUUCGAAAAUGUUGUCUUAUUUCUUAAAACGCUGGAGAAGCGCAUCGUUUUGAACAAAGAUUUGUCAAAAACUUCAAAGUUGUAUGUGUUUAAUUCUCAUGCUCUUGAACACCUUUCGUCCCUCUACUCGUGGUGUCCGAAAGACUUUCUUGAGAAUAGGAAAGGCGACAAGAAGUUCACUAUUGAGGAUACAAAUGAGGAAGAAUUGAAGCUGGUGAGAGAACAAAUACACCAAUUAUUGUUGACUGUGUGUACUUCUUCAAAGUAUGGCAUCGUUUUCAGUGAUCCGACACAUGGAAUUUCUUCAAGUGACACGAAUAAGCUUUUAAAACAGUUUUUAAAGAACCUGGGCCAACCAUGGGAAGAUGAACUGAAGAACGAGCUGGUGUGUAAGAUAUUGCAGACUUGCCCAGAACUCUUACAACCUUUCUCUGCUCUUGUCACCCCUUAUUUGACUCCAACAUCGUCGAAGUGUCUUAAAGCCAUCGAUCUAAUGACCAGGGUGAUUUCUGGCUUUGAAUUAAGACACACUUCAAUAACGUGCAGAGACGCUAUCAAAAUUGCACAGAAUUUUUUUCUACCACACGCCAUCUUAGAAUUUGCGAGCAAAACUCCAGCUCUGUUGGUUGCGUCGAGUGAAAUGAGGAUUGCUGUUUAUAGAGUACUACAAGUUGGAUUUGACAAAGUCGGCAAAUUAGGUGACAGCCUGGGCUCCAAGAAGCAUCAGUUUAUCAAUGCCCUCACUCAGCACUUGGUUGCUGGUUCACUGAAUGCAGAAUUUUUGCUUGGGUGUAUAAAAGCUGAUCAUUUGGAUAAAAAUUUUGUUGCCUUAGAUUUAGGCAUUAGUACUAUUUUGUCGAUAAAUUGUGUAGCCCCUUAUUUAUUGGAAGUAAUCAGGCAUAAUAAAGAGGGGAUACAAUUCAUCCAAAAUAUUCUGAUGUUUGUUCAAGAUCAGGAUUCGUACGAAGAUUUGGAUUUGAGAAAUUCGUUGAUCCUCCGACUUCUCAAAUUGGAUAUCAUUCUAAAACCCCAACUUUUUAAAGAAGGGAGCUGCUUAAAGAAGUUGAACUUGAUAUGUGCCAAUUUGAAUUCUCCUGUGGAUCAUGUUAAAGCCCUGGCGCUUGAUGCUCUUAAAGAGCUGUUUGUUAAGACUGAAUUCUUCACCGAUGGUGGUUUCGAGCUAGACCUUUGGGUCCACUGCGUCAAUAGUCAUCCAAGUGAGGCUUUGGGAGAACUUCUUACCGAGAGCCUCGAAUAUGCAUACCAGAACAAGUAUAUCAUAUACAAUACUCUAUUGCGAGCACAUGACCAAAAGGGUGACCAGAUCUUCGACCAUACAAAUGACCUCGACCAUUUUAUUAAAGUGGCUAUUAAUGAUUCAAAUAAAAUUGAAUUGGAAUUCUUUGACGCUUCAAAAAAUACAGGUACUGGUUUGAGUCCACUCCUACCAUCUAUACUUUAUAAACUCAAAUCAAAAAAAUUGGAAAAGAGUGAAAAUGAUUUUUUGACUAUGUUUAUGAUCCACUAUGUCCACUCUCUGGAUUCUUUUGCUAACUUCAACGUAUUACUCAGCGAUUAUAGCAGCUGUGGCUAUUUGCCUGUAAAAAGGGUCUGGAAUUAUUUAAAAUCAUGGGAAAGUUCAGUAACCGACCUGGACUUCAGUCCGUUUAAAAAUACAAUUUAUCAUGAUAUUUCUACUUAUUUAUUAAAUGAGGAAACAUCUGUUGAUGCCGUACCCAAGGUUGAAUGCGAGGAUAGAGUAACACAGGAGUUAUGUUUUAAACAAAUUCUAUUUAUUUUAAAAAGGCUUUCCGUGUUGGGUAGAAACAAAGAAUUUGUUAUUACAAGAUCGACACAAUUUCUCAAAAUUUUACUCAAACAAGAUAACUUUUCGAUAAAGGCAAAUGAAUUGUUGUUCAGUUUAUACGAUUACUUCCGUCCUACUCAAACGACCGGUUUGAACCACAUCAUACUGGAAUUGAUGGAUAUUUUAAAUGAACAAAUUUCCCCAGCGACUCUCAAUUUAUUUUCAAACAGGUUGUGCUUUGAUUUGAAAGUAGAGAAGGAGAAAAAGAGCUACCUCAAGAAUUGUCAUAAGUUGGAGUCGUUGCUUUCGCACCUUAAUCUUUUAGAAGAAAAUGUAAAAACACUUGCAGAAAUGGUCUUCGUCAUGGAUGAAAAGUACUUUGUUCAUGAUGGUGACGGGACUCAGUGGGCGUAUUUGCUACAGCAUCUCUUGGACAAAGUGGCCGAGUUUAAAAUAAAAUUUAGAAAUAAGCACCUUUGUGGGUUAAUUUCCAAAACAAAAUAUCUGCACAAUAAAAAGGUCAUUAUUGAUCAGCUAAAUUCAAAUCUGGUCAAUUAUUUCAAGACAAUGCAAAUUGAGUACAGUAGUGCAUUGUUAGAUGGUUUCUCAGAUUUGUUCAAAGCCGUAUGUACGGGAUGUGAUGAAAUUCGUUACCAAGAUCUUAUAUGUUGGUUGGUACAGACAUUGGAAAGUCACGGCAUGUUAAAAAUCCCCGAGUUAGUCCCGUUGGACCAUCUUGUGAUCUCACUCGCCGCACUCAAUAAUUGCGGCGCUCGUUUCGAGUACCUUUUCCAGUGCCAUGUUAAAUCCAUUGUAAAAUUGUUUAUAGUCGAGCAUUCCUGGAUACACAAUUUGAAAGCAGUCGUUGAGAAUGUGUUCUCGACCUCGUUCUGCGAAAAUAUAGCAACGAGAAUCAUCAAAAAGUCCCAUAAUAUCCAGCCAUCAAAGGAAAAUCUAGAUGUGAUGAAGCUUAUCUUUUCAAAAUGUAGUCUUAAUUCAAAUUUUAUCACUCUUCUUCAUAAUUGGCUCAUGGAGGAUGUAAAUAGUUCAGAAGGAAAAUUCUGUGAAAGCAUAGCGUCUAAAUAUCUGGACCUUUUGGAAUGUACUGAAAUUGAUCAGUCUUCCCUGCCUAAAUACACACCAGAAUUGGUACGCUAUCUGAUACGCCAUGGGAUGUCACUCCCGUCCCCACCGAUGCUUGACUUGAUUCGGCACUGGGCUGUGACAGGGCUCAGCCAUCUUUCACAAUCUGAUGACAGCCUAACCAACCAGGAUAUUUUCAAUCUAGUGACCUCCCAUUCCAUGUUUGUCAAUAUUCUCCUUCAAAGUGGACCCAUCAAAGAAAGUUUACUUCAACUCAUUUCAACCCUCAUCAAAGAAAAUAAAAGCCUGCCACAGGCCACUCACCUUCCUUUAUUUUUAUCGGCGUACAAAGCCUCUUUAAGCAAGACUGACCAGUUGAUUUUGUCGAUACUUCAGGAAUAUGAGAAAUGUGGAGUGAACAUGAUGUCGUGCAAACCUUUCCUGUGGUCUGCUGAAGCCACCGAGUACUACACAAUUAAAUCUAAAAAGGAAACUCCAAAAUCCAAUUUAACGAUAACUCUGGAACAACUGGAUAUGUCAAUUAUAGAAAGGGUUGUGGUCGACUUUCCCUUGAAUCGAGAUCUUUGUGGUUUUUGUGAUCUAGAAAGGGAGGAUUUAUACGAUCCUGCGUUUAUAAUUCCAGUGUUGUGUCAACUAGUAGAACCAGAAAGCAAAAUGCCGGUCAGAAAGUUUUUCCAGUGUGGUGCACUGGCUUUUGCAUUUGCCAGUCUUGCAAGUUCUAAACCUGCGAUCAGAGCAGCAAGUUACUACUUCAUAAAGAAAAUUUAUGAUAUGGUUCCAAAAGGAAAAGAAAGCGUGGUGUGGUUACAUUUCAUCGACGCUGUCCGUUCUGGUAUAGCAAGCCUUGACAGUCAUGGAGAAAAUAAACGACUUUCAUCCAUUGUAGCGACCUUUCUUGCCAAAGCGUCUCUAGUCGUGGCAAACCCCCUGAAUGAAGUUUAUGCACCGGUACACAACUUCAUAUAUGCCAAAUCGGCUAUGAAUUUCAAUGCAGUGCCAGCUUUCCUCGAAUUCUUCAACAACACCAACCUUCAGAGGGGGAUACAACAAUUAUGGAUUUUAGAAGUUAUCAGGGAUGGUCUCCGAGAAACUUCCGAUUUCCAGUUACUCCUUAAUAGUUUUGUUUUUAAAAUAAUCCUCGAUUACCACUCCUCUUCUCUUGCUUCGAGAGAAAUUAAGGAUAUAAUUCAGGAGAUCGUUGCAAAAUGCCUGGUCGGAGCUGACAAAGAUCUCCAUUUGCUGAUUAAUAACUAUAGCAUUUUGCCGUGGAUCCACUGCGCCGGGAAGGCGGAUAAGAUCGUAAACGUCUUACCUAAAAAGCUGGUCAGCCACCAUAAACACAUUACUGCUUUUAUAUCAUCAGCACAUUCCAAAGACGAACUCUUGUGUGGUCAAUAACUUGAAUGUAUAAAUGUAAUAUAAUAGAUAAUAAAAAUUUAAUUUUUUUCCUAUGUAA